CACGCCCACUCUCUCCCCUGGGUUCCAGGAAAACAAACAUAAGAAGAAGAAAGGAAGAAAGGCUUCCCAAGCAUCACCUCUCUUCCCAAGGAAAGUCUCUCUCUUUCUCUCUCUCUCUCUCUCCAAGUGAAUUGUUCAGCCAUGGCGGUGGUGAACCGCCUUCUGAGAUCCACGGCUACGCCAUCCUCUUCCAUACUCUCCAAAACCUUCUCAUCAAUCACAUCCAAUACUGAUCGCCGACCCCUCUCCCCACUUUCCCACAGCUCUCUCCAUCUCCGCCGCGAUCCCAAGGACAGGAACGUCCAGUGGGUCUUUCUCGGCUGCCCCGGCGUCGGCAAGGGCACCUACGCCUCCCGCCUCACCGCUCUCCUCGGCGUCCCCCACAUCGCCACCGGUGAUCUUGUCCGCGAGGAGCUCGCGUCCUCCGGUCCCCUCGCUUCGCAGCUUUCGGAGAUUGUGAACCAGGGGAAAUUGGUGUCAGAUGAAAUUAUAAUAAAUUUGUUGUCCAAGCGUCUUGAAGCUGGAGAAUCCAAGGGUGAAAGAGGAUUUAUUCUUGAUGGUUUCCCUCGAACAAUAAGACAGGCGGAAAUAUUGGAGGAUGUAACUGACAUCGAUUUGGUAGUUAACCUGAAACUUAACGAAGAAGCAUUGCUCGCUAAAUGCCUUGGUAGAAGGAUCUGUAGUGAGUGUGGCGGGAAUUAUAAUGUUGCUUGCAUUGACAUAAAGGGUGAGAAUGGGAGCCCUGGAAUGUACAUGGCUCCACUUCUUCCUCCUCCACAUUGUGCUUCGAAGCUUAUUACCCGUUCUGAUGAUACUGAAGCUGUUGUUAAGGAACGGCUCCGUAUAUACAAUGAAAUGAGUUUACCUGUGGAGGACUUCUACCGCAGUCGGGGGAAGUUGCUAGAGUUUGAUCUUCCAGGAGGAAUCCCAGAAUCCUGGCCAAAGCUGCUUCAAGCUCUGAAUCUAGAUUACCAUGAGGACAAACAGUCUGCAGCAGCAUGAGCGCCCAGUAUGCUGUUUAGUGUAUACUCAUGGUAAGCUGAUCAUUUUUUGCAGAGGGAGAAACCAUUUUUACAAAAAUAAAGGCUUGAAAGUUGCCUAAACUAUUAGGGCAGCGUCAUAUUGGUCUUUGGAAGACGUGCAAAAUGGGUAUGGUAUUAUUCUUAGGGGGGUUAUAUUUAUUGUUGGUUAUAUAUUUGUUGACAAAUGUUUUAGCUCAUAGUAAUUGAAUUUUGUGGACUUUAUGUCAUUACCAUUCAAUUAUGCUGUAAUGUUACUGAGUUUCAAAUUAAUCAGAGGUUUCUUUGAAUUUUGAGGUGCCGGAACUUCUCCAAUCAAAAGAAAUGCAAUGUUUGAACUA